AUGGAGCUCUCCUCGACGGCGAUGGAGCUCUAUCUCGGUGGCGACGAAGCUCUCUCUCGGUGGCGACGGAGCUCAAACGGUGGCUCUCCUCGAAUCAAAAGCAAGGAUGCUGUCGUUGGGAACGAGCAAAAGGCUGUGGCCUUCUGCAAGAGAAUUGCAGACUACAUCGCUGCUAGUCCAAAGCUUGCAGGCUGUGAGAAAAGAGACCCAAUGCACUGCAAGCACCGGUGGCACAAGAUCAGUGAUCUAGAGCUUCGCCAUGACCAGAAGUGGUGUGAUCUAUCUACCGACAGAACCUCUAAAAAGAGAAAAGGUGAAGAUGGUGCACAAUCGUCAACAUCUCACGCAACUGGUGAAGCAGAAGAGGGAACGGCUCGGCCCCCUGGUGUUAAGGCAGCCAAGAGCCGUGGUAAGAAGCCAGUGGAGGGGAAGGGGUUUUGUGAGUUUGAGCGGGUGUGGAACGUUAGACAAGAAGAUUUGAGUAGGAGAGAAAGGCUCACCAAGAUGGGUCUACUUGACCGUCUACUUGCUAAAACAGAACCACUCCCUGAGUACGAAGAAUGUCUCAAGAAGAAGCUCAUUAAUGAGAUGUUCAUGUUAUGUUUCAGUAAUGAGAAUGAUGAGUUGUUUGUUGUUCUGUUCAUGUGGAAAUGGAGUCACGGCGUCUUGUACUUGUAG